CUGGGUUUGUUUUGCGAGAAACGUUUUAGCUUUUGGCUGUGCCAGUCGGUUUUUCUCUUUGUCUACAAUACAUUUAAUUAGAAGGUAAGUGCGAUUUGAAAUUGUUUAUCUACUUUGCUUGUUAAAUUGACAUCCUUAUUGAUACAUUUUCCAGCAACCUCUGUUUCCAGCUAGCUAACGUCUGUAAAUGUAGCCCGUUUAAUCUGCGUUUUGCAAGACAACGUGGUCGAAAAAUGUUAACUAUCUAACAUAAUAAUAAUAAUAAUAUAAAAUAUUAUUAUUACUAGUAGCUAAGCUGCUAGUUGGGUAGGUAACUAGCCAUAUAUAUGACUAAACAGAUAAGACGUUUUACUAGUUAGCUAUACAAACUGAAUUCCUUGUAAAACAUGAAUUUUUCUGGGCUUUUUCACUAUUUAUUCAAGCUCUGUUACUGAGCAUCUAUAUUUGUAAAUGUUUAGGGGGUCUGCCAUUUGUGACAACAAAGAAAAUGGAUACAGUUACAAGAAAGAACACCAACUUGAAAAAGGUAAUGUAGCGAUAUUUCUUUCUGUUAAUACAGAAAAGUAGUAGGCCUAUCUAUCUAUUAUGUCUGAUUUCUCUCGGUCUUGUUUCUUUGUCCUGUCUGCUAUUAUUAGGGUAACAAAGAGAAUGCCAGACCAGCAAGUGGACCCACUAAGUCCUUUAUUACCAGAGCUGCUCCUACUAAAACAGUGGCCUCUCCAUCUGCCCCUCUGCAUUCCAAAAGCAAUAAAAAGGAGGACUUAGGAAAGGGAGAAGAUGCUCUGAAGAAGGUCAUGACUGCAACCGCUGGCGAUAUGAAGAGACGCAACACUUUAAGCCAAACCUUCCUCGCCAAACAGGCUGUCAGAGAGAGGAAACUGGUUGCAGAGCCCUCAAAGCCAGCUACUGUCCCAGCUAAACCUGUCCCUGGCACCUACAAAGGCAAGAUUGUCCAAUCCAAAAUAAGCUCCUUCAGGAAGCCUAGUGGCCUGGAGGGAGGGGUAGAAAGAAAAGCAGCUACCAAGACCGUGGCACCCAAAGCUGACAGCCAAAAGCCUGGGAAUUUGACAAAGGUCAGGCCCAAAGCUGUUGCUGACUUGCCUCAGCGCGCCUCGUUCAAGCCCCCUCAAUCAUGUCAACCCUCAAGAUCCAAGUCUGUGUCCGAUGGGCCUCCUGUAGUCUCCAAGUGCCCAGUCCCAGCCACACGCUGUCCAACAGGCUCUCGCUCUGCAGUCCCUCCUGCCAGAGUGGUUCUGUUUACCACAGCUCUCCAAAGGUCCAGUAGGUCUGCCAUGACAUCAAAGGGGAAAGAGCAGCCACAGAGAACCAAGCCUAAGAUGACAACUGACAAGAACGUUCGCAAGCCUCCGGUUGCCAGCACGCUAAGCCAGUACAGGGCUAACACAGAGACUGCUGAAGAGAAAAGGUUACAUUUUUUUGUUUAACGUUCUUAAAUGGUCCAAUAACUGUUAUUGUUGGUAAUUUGGUCAACUGCUCAAAAUAGUUUAACUGAUGUUUUUAAUCUUUGAUUCCCAGAGCAAAGCUGGCAGAGUGGCUGGCAUCCAAGGGAAAGACUCUGAAAAGGCCUCCCAUAUCAGCAGUGGCACUCCCAAAGUAUAAACCAGUUGUGCAGCCUGAGCCUGAAGUCCACCCAGAAUCCACAGCCUUCUCUCAACAAAAGACCAAUGUUGAGCCUCAGCCCUCUGACCAGAAGUCACAACAACCUGGUCCUGAGCCUGAACCGACUGUUCGGCCUAAAAAUGACCAGGUGGUCCCUGAGCUGGAGGCAGCCUGUGCCUCAACUCCACUGAUAAUGAACAUGACACUUGACCUGCUUGACAACUCUGAUACAGAUUUUCUCCCUGUUGAUCCAGAGGUUCGAAUGAAUGAUGUAAGAAACCUUCUGUGUUUAGUAAUUUAUUUAUUUUAUACUGUAGUUGUAUUCAUCAAAACUCUUAAAUAUAACCUAACCACCUCUGUCCUAUGUCUUAUCACAGGUUGUGGUCAACCUUUGUGAUGCUUUGGAGGCAUUGGAGACACCCUCAGCAUGUGUGGAUGGUAAGUUUUGCGGUCAAUACAUUUACAUUCACAGCAAACAGUCAAAUUUACUUGCUCACUUGGCAUCGUCUGAUUUCAAAUUAUGCAACAUGAAGGUUCAAAUCAUGUAAGAGAUUAACAUUUUAUCAUACACAAAAAGAAUGUAUGCACGCAUGACUGUAAGUCGCUUUGGAUAAAAGCGUCUGCUAAAUGGCAUAUUAUAUUAUUAUUAUCAUGUAAACUUUAGUAAUGUGUUAUAUUCAUUGGUGUGUUUUUCUUUUAGAGCCACAUGAGAAAAAUAAGGAAUCUGAAGAGGAGAAAAUGGUGGAGAGCGAGCCAAAUUAUGAAUUUCAAGAGAGGAAUGAGUUUGCUGACAAUUAUUUUGACAGAUCGGAGGAUGUUGAAGUGAAAAGUGAAGUAGGAGAGGGAGCUUCAGAGCAGAAAGUAAGGAAGGGUUAUGUUGAGAAAGUUGAUAGUGAUGAUGACGAAUGCUUGAUGGAGACUACACCAGAGGCAGAGGAAGCCUCCAUGGUGAAAUACAAUCUGAAGACAACUCCAUAUCUUCAAAGGUGAUAUUUCUUAUCUUAAAACAUACCUAUUUUGACAUCACUUCCAUACAAUUAUUGCAAAUUCUGGAGGUCAUGGAGAACAUCACUACUUCACGUCUCUAUAUUGAAAUGGAUAUUAUACUGAACAUGGCUGUCAACUAACCACACAAUUAUGUCCAUCUCUUUCCCCUUCUAGUGUCAAGAGAACAAUCAACAGUGAGGCAUGUGCAAGUGGUUCCAGGCGAAAAAACACCAUCAAGGAUCUGAAGUUCCUGACACCAGUCCGUCGUUCCUGUCGCAUCCAGCGCAAGUCAUCCCACCUGCCUGGGAUGCUGACAGACCACGACACCUGUGUGUCCUCGCUGGCUGAGCUGGUGAAUCUGGAUGACAAUGCCAACGCCUACAUCUACAGGAAGAACCCUGCUCUCCUGGAGGACCUGCCUGACCAUCCCAAAGACCUGGAGAGGAUCUGAGUCUUUGGAUGAGUGGGACGAAGAGGCCUGAAAAGGAAGAGAAAGAAAAUGGAACUGAUGGGUUUUUAAAUAAUGAAAACAGAUUAUUUGCUGUCUUACCUUCCAUAAUGGUUGUUAAUCCAAAUUGUGAUAAUAUGGGCUAUGCGUGGCAAGAUUUACUAAUCCACAAAGACUGGGUGCCUCAAUUAUGCAUGCCUUUUGUUUUCUGUUUGUCUUAUUUCCCUUUUGAGUUGUUACUUCUCAUAAGGAAGAGGCAUUUGCCAUAUCUUGACCUGCUACACCUUCUCUUUUAUUUAUUGUAUAUAUUCUCUCUGCUGUCUUACUGUGUUAAGUUUUAUGUACUGUUUAUUAUUUUAAUGCAGAGUUGAUAAUUUAAUCUACCACUAGGUUUUACCAUAAAUUAAUUACGUACAGCACACCUUUUUAUCACCCCCAAUCAUGUUGUAGGAAAUAAGGAAAUGUGUGUUGCACAGCCAGGAAAAGUUACAAUAUUCAAUACAAUUCUACGAAAAUGGUUCUCUGGUGGAAUUAUUGCUUUUGAAAUGGGAAAUCAUAC